AGAACAAAAACACCAUUAAUAAUCAAUUUUACCACAGUGGAGAUCGAAUUAGCUAAGAUUCAACAAUGUCUCCUUCCCCAACCCCUUCCCCGUCGUCGAGAAGAUGGUGUCCGACGCCGGAGCAGCUGAUGAUUCUGGAGGAGCUGUACAAGAGAGGUUUGAGGACUCCCAACGCUUCUCAGAUACAGAAGAUCACUGCUCAUCUCGCCUGCUAUGGCAAGAUUCAGGGAAAGAAUGUGUUCUACUGGUUCCAGAAUCAUAAGGCUAGAGAUCGACAGAAACUCAGGAAGAAACUUCACCAGCAGCAUCUUCUGCAACAGCACCUCACCUCCAUGAAUCACCAUCAUCUUCUUCCUCAUCCACACGCCUUUCGAUUCCACUUCUCCUCUCUCUACUCUCCUCCUCUCGAUCUCCAUCAUGCACAGGGCAGUGGAGUUGAAGAGGAAGGUAAGCAGAAGAUGUGGAGGAGGAGAGACGAUGACGAGGAAGACAACGAUGAUCAUGGAAAAGAUAGCUUGAUGAGAUCGUACGGCCAUGAUUCGGUGAUGAUUGCAGAGGUGGGGUCCACCUUCUUCCCCAGCUGCAAUUCCACAGCAAAUAGACCACUGGAAACCCUAGAACUAUUCCCCCUCACACCCCAAAAACCCACUCCUAAUUGAUGAAACUACGUCGUUUCAACUCAUAUAUGAAAUUCUAAAUAAUAUAUAUAUAUAUAAUUAAUCAUAUUAUUAUUAUUAGUUACAUGUCUGCAGGGCACCUAAAUAUGCUGAAUUGUCCAAUAGUUUCAGCAAAAGUGUACUUUGCUCAUAACCUCUGUCUGCUUCAGUCUUUUCUUCUCUGUUGCUAUAUAUAAAUAUAAAUAUAUAUAUGUAUGUAUCUAUGUAUGUAUAUUUUCUUCUACACAGAAGAAGAAUCAGAAAUUAAAUCCUAGACUUAUAUAUGAAAAUUAAU